UGAUAUAUUAGCCUCCUCUGGACACACUAUGACCAGACCCAGAGACAGACAGACAGAUCAGAGACCAGAAGACCCUGAAGAUGACAGCUGUAGUGUGCUUCGUGCUCCUGUUGAGCCUGGUCGCCGGCAGUCAUGCAUGGCGUUGUGUGGAGGGUCCCACCCUGAAUCGAGCCAUACAGAUCGAUGCCAGCAAGGGACAAGUGGUCGCAUCCACCGCGUAUAACCAGAACUUCUUCCUGACCGGAGUGUCCUGGACGUACCUCCAUGGGCAAAGGAUGAAGCAUAUCACCACCGGCGACACCGGCACCUGGGGGGUCACCAGCAACAACCAGCUCUACAAAAUGAUCGGGGGAAACUUCACCAGAGUUCCCGGACUCUCUUUGUCCCAGGUGGACGCAGGAGGAGAUGGCUUCUUGGUUGGAAGCACUGGUUCUCGGGCCUACUGCCUGCGAACGGGCUUUGCAAGAGCGUUCAAGGGUGCAGGCUCAGUGAGCUGGUCAGCUUUGCCCGCCUACAGUUUGAAGUACUAUAGCUGCGGCCUGUACGGGUGCUGGGGGGUGGAUACCAUUGGACGCGUGUACCACACCCGGGCCGUCUACUCCACCAACUGCGGCCAAACCGGGUGGCAGGUCGUCUCCAGCAGCCCUAAGAUGAAGAUGGUUGAGGCGGCCAGUAACGGCCUGGUGUUCGCAUUAAGCACCGACGGCAAAGUGUAUCUGAGGGCAGGGAUAUAUGCCAGUCGAACCCAAGGGACCGCCUGGUCUAACAUCCCCAUGUGUGUGGCAAUGAGGCACCUCUCCUACGACCUGGGGAGGCUUUGGGUGGUCUCCAACGCUGGAAUGAUCAUGUUCUGCAUGCACUGAGCGCCAUCAGCUCCACCCCCUCCUCUCACCUCCUCUCCAUCAGCACCUCCACCCCUCUCCAUCACCACCUCCUCCCCUCUCCAUCGCCACCUCCACCCCUCUCCAUCGCCACCCCCUCCCCUCUCCAUCACCACCUCCUCCCCUCUUCAUCGCCACCCCCUCCCCUCUCCAUCACCACCUCCUCCCCUCUCCAUCGCCACCUCCACCCCUCUCCAUCGCCACCUCCACCCCUCUCCAUCACCACCUCCUCCCCUCUCCAUCACCACCUCCUCCCCUCUCCUCAUCGCCUCCCCUCUCCUCCUUCCAUCCAUGACCCCUAAUCAUUUAAAAGCAUUUAUUAAAACCCUUGUGGACUA